AUGCUGCCAACCCUCCUCCUAGCAGCAGCGUCGCUCCUCGCGCCCGCAACUGCAGCCCUGACCUACCGCGGUGCGGAUAUCUCCUCGCUGAUCGUCGAGGAAAAUAGCGGAAUCUCGUACAAGAAUUCGGCUGGGACGACUCAGGUUUUGGAAACUAUUCUUUCCAGCGCCGGGAUCAACUCGGUUCGUCAGCGUGUCUGGGUGAAUCCGAGUGAUGGCAAUUAUAAUCUCGCCUAUAAUGUCAAGUUGGCCAAACGUGUGCAGAACCAGGGGAUGUCGACGUAUCUUGAUCUGCACUAUAGUGAUACUUGGGCCGAUCCGAGUUCGCAGACAACCCCAUCCGGAUGGUCUACCACCGACAUCGGCACCCUGGCAUGGCAGGUAUACAACUACACAUUGGAAGUAUGCAACACUUUCGCCUCGAACGACCUAGACGUCUCGAUCAUCUCGAUCGGCAACGAAAUCCGGGCCGGUCUACUCUGGCCCCUCGGCAAAACAACCAGCUACAGCAACAUCGCGCAAAUCCUGCACUCCGCAGCCUGGGGCGUCAAGGACUCCAAUCUAUCGACGAAGCCCAAGAUCAUGAUCCACCUCGACAACGGCUGGUCGUGGGAUGAACAGAAGUACUUCUAUGACACGGUUCUAGCCGUCGGAACGCUGUUAACGACCGACUUCGAUUACAUCGGCGUGUCGUAUUAUCCAUUUUAUAACAGUGCUGCGACGCUCAGUUCGCUGAAGACCAGUCUCACGAACCUGAAGUCGAAUUAUGGCAAGGAUGUUCUUGUUGUUGAGACGGAUUGGCCUUACUCGUGCCCGUCGCCUGCGUAUACUUUCCCCAGCGAUUUGUCUAGUAUUCCUUUCUCUGUUGCGGGACAGCAGACGUUCUUGACUAAACUUGCGGCUGUUGUUUCGGCUGUGGGUGGAUUGGGAAUUUAUUACUGGGAGCCGGCUUGGGUGGAUAAUGCUGGGUUGGGGAGUAGCUGUGCUGAUAAUUUGUUCUUCAGUUGGUCGAAUGAUGUGGCUAGGGCUAGUCUGAAUACUCUUGGUGGGCUGUGA